GGAGGGGGGGGUGGGAGGAGAGAGGGAGGGAGGGAAAUGGAACGAGAGAGGGGAAGGAGGGGUGAGCGGAUGAGACAGGAAAAAAGCAGCAGCACGAGAGAGAGGCGGCAUCACCCAGACAGACAGAGGGAGAAGGAGAGGAUAGACAGCGGGCUCGUCUCUCCCUCAGACAGAGCUGGAAGGAAAGCAAAGGGGAAUGAGAGAGCGAAGCAAGAGGAGGAGAGGAAGACAAUGAAGGAGUGCCGUUGUUCAGCCCUGCCAUUCUGCUGUUUCACAUUGAACUGAGACGGAGAAGAGAGGAGGAGGACAAGCUGAGGAGAGGAUAAAUGGAGAGGAUAUGAGAUCUGGCAAUGACUUAGUGAUUUAAACGAGUGGGAGAGAGGAGAGAGAGGGUGUUUAAACAUGUAUAUGGUUCUGAUGUGAAUAUGGAGCUCUGUUAAUACCAUGCUACGGAUAAUCACCUCUACUCUGUCUAACCCAAAAUAAGGAACAAUUGUUUUACAUUUUUCAUUCACUCUUGAAGCAAAGGAAGAGUUCUCAAGAAUUUAUUCACAACUCAAAACAAUUAUAGGUGGAAAAAAACCUGCUCUGCAGAUUAUUAUACAAUCACCACCUUUGUCGUUACUUACCUAACAGUUAGGACUGUACAGGAAAACAUUCAGGUUGUUGUUAUGCAAUUUUUUUCUAAAGUGUUAGCUAUUGUGAUUAGUAAAGUUUAUUGAUAUUAAUAUUGACUAUCAUAUAUGAAAGUAUUUCAUCCUCUGAAGCAAUAUAUGUUGUGUUAAUCCAUGUGUCCUAGCCAGAGUCUGGAAUCAGCCAGGUUGGGAUGUCAACAUUGAUUUGGUUUUAUGGCCGGUGCGAUGUGGGCCAAACUUUGAUCAUUUCCUGAGUGGUAUUGAUCCCUCCAGGAGUCUCUGGCAGGCCGACCGGCUGUGGUUUCUAUAGUUAGAUGUUAAAGACCGUAAUGGGUCAGUCUCCGCUCUGCUUAGCUGCUCCUGGGCUCUGAUUUGUGGAAGCAGUCUGUUAUCUCGUUGUCUGAGAUGUUUCUGCCGCCGUCAGGAUUUCUCAAUAUAGAUCCUGAGCAGGCUUCUCUUUUAAUGUUUGUUGCCACGGCAACUUGCAUCCACCUAGUCGGAGACAGACUGAGAUGUAAAGUUAUUUUGAGUCUUUUUCUCUUUUUUCAAACACCGGUGCUGUUCUUUCUAUACGGGUCUGUCUAGGGUGGUGAUAACCAGGAGAAACAGUCCAGACGACUGGUGAUAACCAGGAGAAACAGUCCAGACAAUUGGUGGGGUGGUGAUAACCAGGGGAAACAGUCCAGACAACUGGUAAUAACCAGGAGAAACAGUCCAGACAACUGGUGAUAACCAGGAGAAACAGUCCAGACUACUAGUGGGGUGGUGAUAACCAGGAGAAACAGUCCAGACAACUGGUGGGGUGGUGAUAACCAGGAGAAACAGUCCAGACUACUAGUGGGGUGGUGAUAACCAGGAGAAACAGUCCAGACUACUAGUGGGGUGGUGAUAACCAGGAGAAACAGUCCAGACUACUAGUGGGGUGGUGAUAACCAGGAGAAACAGUCCAGACUACUGGUGGGGUGGUGAUAACCAGGAGAAACAGUCCAGACUACUGGUGGGGUGGUGAGAACCAGGAGAAACAGUCCAGACUAGAACCUCUAACCUAUUUAUGUAAAUGUAGGCUCUGUUGAGAAUGAAUUUGAUGCAGUGUUCUUACCGGUUUGCCAAGAGGUAUAUCUCUCGUUCUCCUCUUUAGCUUUGUGCUGUGCCAUAUUUGCCAUAUUAACUGGUGUCCUGACCGGGACAGGUGGUAUACCAAGCCGAUGUCAUCUGGAUUACAAUGAUUCUACUGAUACUGUAUGUGGACAUAUCAUUCACUUUGUACAGCUGUGGAACUGUGUAGUCUUAACUGGUUUCAUCAACUGUGUGUUGUUUAUGUGUUAGUGUAGUGGUGACUUUCUCUACUUGUGUGUGUUUUCUAUCUGUGUGUAGGAGAAUCAGGACAUCUCUUCAGGUAGAGGGCGCUGUACUCUGCACACAUCUGACCUACACUGUGUUUUAUUCUGUGCACUAACAUCUGGCAGGGCGAGGGUUAAACCUGCUGUACUAGCAUUUACUAGUGUUAACCUAUGUUUGCUAACUGACCCGUUGGCUAUGUUUGUGACAUCUUGUCACUGUUAGCGACUGGUUCUGUCUGUUGCUAGCGUUUCACAAUUGAACGCAACUCUAUACAUUCAUCUGUGUUGACAUUUAUAUUUUAGUCAUUUAGUAGACACUCUUUUCCAGAGAGACUUAGAGUUGUGAGUGCAUACUUGUUCGUACUGGUCCCCUGUAGGAAUCGAACCCACAACCCUGGCGUUGCAAGCCUAAUGCUCCACCAGGUGAGCCACACGGGACACGUUGGCUACAGCCACUAAUUGACCUUUCACUGGUAGUGCUACAGCACUAGGACAAAUAGACAUUUAGAGCAUAGACUAUAAUGGAAGACUUUUGUAGUUAUGCGAAGACAGUUAGGCUGUGCUAAGAGCCUGCCGUAGGCUGUCAUAAGACCUUAAUAGCUCUUCAUACCCCCUACGUAGCACUUCAUAGCUAAUCCCAGUCAGUAUCCUGAUGUGUUCUGGUGCUCUCUGUCUGGGAGGAGACGUUAGCUAGCGAGUGCUGUGGCAGGCUCUGUAGACAGACCCUCUGGUGCUAGACUGGCGUGAUCGAGCGAGCAUCCCUAUGUCUGUUGCUAGGCAGCCAAAAUCAAACGGCUAGCUGGUAGCCCUCUGCUUCCAAACAUACAGGGCUUUAGCCGUUAGCGCUUGUUGUUGAAAGUCAACUUUCUCUGGUAUCAUCGUGUAACUCUUGGUGCCAAAUUGUCAAUCUGUUACAAAGUUUUAUCUCAGUGGGUCAAACCUGGCUGAGUAAUGGUUAGAACAUGUAUAAAGUGCUGGAAACAACACUGAUAUGUGAGCUGACAAGCCCCUGGAGUUAUAUUCCAGGUUCAACCUCCACUAUUCAGUCCUGUGAGCUGACAAGCCCCUGGAGUUAUAUUCCAGGUUCAACCUCUACUAUUCAGUCCUGUGAGCUGACAAGCCCCUGGAGUUAUAUUCCAGGUUCAACCUCCACUAUUCAGUCCUGUGAGCUGUGUCUUGCGGCUGGAGACUGUUCAUGUAAGACAAAUUUAGUUUUCUCUUUGGAUGGACUAUACAGAUUGUUCUGACUGUAGUUAGCUCAGUGUUUCUAGUUAGGCUAGUACUGUAUCGUACUGUGCUGUGUCAAGAAAUACACAUGCUUCUCUCAGGUAACUGACUAUUGGCGUGGCUUGUUUAAACAAGACUGUUUCUGUGGUAUCCAUAAGGAGAGAGAGAGAGGGGAGGGAGGUUUAAUUAAGUGUAAUGACUGGGUGAGGGAGUUCUCUAACAAGCCUCCAGUACCAUUCAGGUCUCAUUAUCAUCAAAACAAUCGCACCGGUGGUGUCAUCAGCCAAUGACCUACAUUCUCUCUUGUUACAUCAUCACUGUGUGUGUCACUGUUUCUGUAACCAGAAAGAGGCAUCUUCUCCAACUCUAGCACUUCUGGUGCUAUGGUGCUCCAGAACGUAUCCACUCUAACCAGGGCAGCAAUGUUCUAGAACAGCUCUACCUACGGUUUUAGCCAUAUCAGAAACUUCAGUCAGGGACAAGCCCAGCAUCUGGUCUUUUUCUUAUCUAGUGGUGUCUGUUACUAGGUUAUGUGCAUUGUAUAGACUCUAGCUGUAGUUAGAGUGAGUGUGGAGAGAGACAGACAAUCUUUGAAGUAGAGGGACUGUUUAAGAGGACAGUCUGGAGAACGGGAAAGGAGACGAGGAGGGGGGGGGGGGGGAGCGAGAGAUCAUUUGGAAGAGAAGGCAGGAAGUGGUGGAGCGAGAGAAGGAGGAAGUGCAGCGGCUACUGAGGGAGGCACAGAAAACAGUGUGGAGGAGGAGAGAGGGAUUCCAGGAGAGGAUAGGAGAGGACAAGCUGAGGGGAGAGAGAAGCGCAGAGAGAGGGAGAGAGACUGCCCAGGAGGUGAUCUGGAGGAAGAGAGAGGAAGAGGGGGAGAAAGAGAGGGAGAAGGCCAAGGCCAUCCAGAGAGGACACGAGACCAUCUGGAGGAAGAGAGAGAGGGAGUGAGGAAAAGAGAGCGAGGGAGUGAGGAAAAGAGAGCGAGGGAGUGAGGAAAAGAGAGCGAGGGAGUGAGGAAAAGAGAGCGAGGGAGUGAGGAAGAGAGAGCGAGGGAGUAAGGGAAAAGAGAGAGGGAGGGGAAGAGUUAAAUUACUUAGGAGUAUUCUCCAGCAGCCUUGGAACCUGAAACAAAGCUGCUCACAGGAGAGAAAGAUGGAUAAAGAGAGAGAGGAAUAAAAAAAAAAAAUUAAAAGCAAGAGGGAUAGAGAGAUUUUCCCUGCCAGAAUUGGUGUCUGGCCAUAGAUCAGCAGGUCUUAACAGAACUUUGCUAUAUUAAGCUCUGCAGAUAAUCUUACUCUGUUGUAUCGACCCGUCACUGCUGUGUCUUGGCAGUGUGUGUGCGUAUCAGCACUGUGUGUGUCGGCCCUAUAUGUGUGUGUCCCUUCUGAUCUACUCGUUGGCAGCUGAUAGGGUUUUUAUGGGCCCGUGUCAGGCAAGACAGGCUAGUGAGCUACUGCCCCGACAGACACGCUGAAACGCGCGCACACACACACCACAGACUCACACACUGUGCCAUUUACAGGCAGAAGAGUAGGUUUCUACUCCAACACAUGCUAACACACACAGACACAUGAGAGUAGGCCUCUUGAUGCAGUAACUCAUACCACCUGAGUGUCUGUGUCUAUAGACAAUCACAUUCUGAGGUUGUAUGUGGAAUCUCCAUGGUGCUCAAAGAUGAACAACGGGACUUAAGUGCCAUGCUACAUUAGUUGACAUGCUGAUGUGCUCAAACAGUAUUUUUCAGAAAAUCCUUUUUGAUUCUGUCUAUUGGAAAGUGGCAUUCAUUUCUGUGGUUUGAAAGUGAUAACAUGUUGUAAGACUGACAGCGAAGACACCAAACAACUGAGUAUCACUCCAUCAGUGUGCUGGGUUAGACUCUUAGAGAGUGAUCCCCUCUGAUCUUCAAUCGCUCCUCUUGCUGCUCUCCUCUGUCUUGUAGAUGAAGGUGUUUCUUGCGCAGUGUCUGCUGCACUGCCUGACAAUGACGGGAGGAUAUAAAACAGGGCGGACGGAUGGACAACGGUCACUGAGAGGGAAAGAAAGACCAGUGUGUUUUUGAGCGAGAGACUGAUAAUACAGAGAAGGAGAGAAUGAACCACCGUUGUUGUUUAGACUGAAUCACACCAGAGUGUGUGGACUUGUUAGAGAAACACUGAAAUAACAUCGAACAUCUCAGAUCCAUGAUGGAGCUGGUCCCUAAAACUAAGUACACUCACUUCCGGAGUGAAUCUCUCAGUUCGAAUGACGAUACCAACUCCAACCCUUUGUCCCUCACACCUCCUGGGCUACCCUCCUCCCUCUCCUCCUCCUCCUCUCUCACCCCCAUCCUCCCCCCUUCCUCCCCCUGCCGGGCUGAGAACAGCCCCACCACGCUCUGUUCCUUCUUCCCCAGGAUGGGAGCCCUUCGCCUGGGUGUCUCUGCUACUCUACUCCCAGGCCUCAAGGUCUCCAGCAGGCCUCAGCAGGCUCAAGCCCCCAUGGGGUCUUCAGGGGGUAACAGUUCCAGCUCUCCCACUCCUCACCCCCCUCCCUGUUUAACAGCCCCCUCUCCCCCCCAUCGCCCCCCUCUGCAGGAUAUGAACCGGCUGGGUGGGGCGUCCAGGAGGGCGCGGGUGGAGGGGGGGCAGCUGGGGGGAGAUGAGUGGACACGCCACGGCUCCUUCGUCAACAAGCCCACCAGAGGAUGGCUACACUCAGACCAUGUGGUCAGCACCACUGGGGUCGCCUACUCAGUACGGUAUAUGGGCUGUGUGGAGGUGCUACAGUCUAUGAGGGCGCUGGACUUCAACACCAGAACUCAGGUCACCAGAGAGGCUAUCUCAGUGGUGUGUGAGGCAGUGCCUGGAGCCAAAGGAGCCCAACGCAAGAGAAAGCCGUCGUCUCGCUGUAUGACGUCCAUUCUGGGGAAACGUAACCUGCAGUUUGCUGGGAUGACCAUCAGCCUGACGGUCUCUACCAGCAGCCUCAACCUGCUGGCCUCCGACUGCAAACAGAUAAUUGCAAAUCAUCACAUGCAGUCCAUCUCUUUCGCUUCUGGAGGAGACCCAGACACAGCAGAGUAUGUAGCAUACGUGGCCAAAGACCCAGUCAACCAGAGAGCGUGUCAUAUCCUGGAGUGUUCGGAGGGCUUGGCCCAGGAAGUCAUCAGUACGAUAGGGCAGGCCUUCGAACUACGCUUCAAACAGUACCUGAAGAACCCCCCCAAACUGGUCACCCCCCAUGACAGGAUGGCUCCAUUUGACGGCUCAGCGUGGGAGGAAGAGGAAGAUGAGGGAGCACCGCCCCCUGCAGAUGUUCCGUACUAUAAUAACUUCCCCGGGAAACAACCUCCUCCUGGUGGACUGGUGGACAUGAGGGCCCGCCCUGGGGCUACGCUGCCCUAUGGACAGCCGGGUCAGAAUGAUAUUCACAAGCAGCCGCUUCCCCCUCUACCAAUGGGAGCAAAGGAGGGAGGGCGGGACCUGUGUGAUGACCCUUCAUACGUCAAUGUGGAUAAACCCCGCCCCGCAACAGCUGCAGCUAAUGGCAAUGCUCACAGAGAUGCGUUCGACAUGAAGCCAUUUGAUGAUUCCCUGGGUGUAUCAGGUCUGGGGGUCUCAACGGCGCCCCCUCUGGUGGAACAGCUGCAGUGCGAGGCCUGGUUCCACGGCAGCCUGAGUCGCAGGCAGGCUGAGAGACUGCUGACCCGUGACGGAGACUUCCUGGUCCGAGAGUCAGGCACCACCCCUGGACAGUACGUCCUGACUGGACAACAGGGGGGUCAGCCCAAACACCUACUACUGGUCGACCCAGAGGGAGUGGUACGUACCAAAGACCACCACUUUGAGAGUGUGAGCCACCUGAUCAGUUACCACAUGGACAACAGACUGCCCAUCGUAUCAGCAGGCAGUGAGGUGUGUCUGCAACAACCAGUGGAGCACAGGGCCUGAACACACACACACUCUCAGAAACACUACACACAUAAGCAGUGCUGACAACAUUAAGGAAAGCCAAAAAAAAAACACCUCUAACUCGUUCUGCCAAAAUCAUUUGCUCUCUGCUUUUCCUCACACCCUUCUCUCCUCCUGGACAACUCACUGUUACCUCCGUGAUCCCUCCUUCUGUUUAUCCUUCCGUCAUCGAGGUCCACUCCCUCCAUCCCUCCAAAGAACGUGGGAGUAACACCUAGGAGCACUUUAUUUUCCUUCUCAUUGGGACAGAAAUGAAUACAAUUUAGUAAAAAACAGAGCAUUAUUAAUUCAAUCAUGCCAUUGUAUCAUUUCUGAAUGAUACUAUCAUAGUAAAGGAGGACUAUGCACCUUGGAGGGGAGGAGUGAAAUGUAGAGAAAGGGAUGGGGGGAGAGGUCUUGAUCCAGACAUGGCAGAGGAAACAGUUUCUCUCACCGUCACAGAAGCACUCCAAAGACUUGUCUGAUGAUUGGACUCAUCAGAGAGCUCAGACAUGGAUCCUCCAAUCAAAUAUCAGUGGAACACAGGAACAGCCAAUCAAAUAUCAGUGGAACACAUAAAUAACCAAUCAUGACUGAGAUCAGGCCUCCUGUUAAUAUGCAUAGACAUUUUUGUGUCCACACCAAUCAGGGCCCUCACUCACCCUCAAGCCACUCCCAUUAAAAUACCUUUCAUCUUUGACCAUUGACCCCCUGAGUGAUACCUGGUGAUGUCACGGAGGACGUCUCUGUAUGCAAAAAGGGGGUUGCUAUGCCAACAACCAUUGUCUCCGUCUGUCCAAAUAUGGACAAGGUUUCUUUCCAGCCUCCGAAGGUGGAGUUUGAUAAAAGGAUGUGAUUCAUGCCCAUCCGACAUCCGCCUGUCUGUCUGCAUGGGACUGGUCUCCCUGUCUGUCUGCAUGGGACUGGUCUCCCUGUCUGUCUGCAUGGGACUGGUCUCCCUGUCUGUCUGCAUGGGACUGGUCUUACCUUUCUGUCUGCAUGGGACUGGUCUUACCUUUCUGCUCUGAUCAUGACAAAGAAAGUGGACUUGGUUGGACUGGGGCAGCAGAAACCAUGGAGAUGACUCCAACACCAACAUACAGUGUGCUCGUCUGUAUCUGUCGUGUACUUUCAUUGGGAGUAUAGUGUGUUUACAUAGAGAGGGAUGGAGAGAAGACUGGGAAGGGGCAGGAGGCCGGGGGGAGGUUCCACAUCUAGAGAUGUCAUCAGACCUAGACACGAUGUCAUCUGAAAGAGUUCAAAACCAAUUCUACGACGAUGUCACAGUCAACCCAAAUGCUGCUGUCACAAUUUCAUUGGUGCUGUGUUGGAAUCGUAGUUCGUAUUAAAGCCAAUAUUUUCUUGCUUUUCAAUGGAUUUGUUGUUAAUAACUGUUUGCCUUGACAAUCUAUGGCCAUGUCUCUGUCUGGACGAGUGGGGGGUGGAGAGGUUGGGGGGCAUACUGGAUGAAGUGUGUUUAAUGCCGAAAGUGUUCGGUCCAGAGCAUUCAAAGCAAUGAAUUUAUCUCCUCUCCAAAUGUGCUGCAACACUUGGUCAGGAGAUUAGCGUUUAGCGUUAGCAUUAGCAUUAUUGUGUGAUGUUUCUUCUCAGCUCACUGCAGGGAAAACUGUUAUCAGCACUGUUCACAACGAAAUCUGGGAGUUUGGCGAACGUUGGUCAGACGUUGGACUUUGACGUGUUGUUUUCCUUGGAAUUAGAAGAUGGUAGAGGGAGAGAACGUGGAGGAAUCAUCCUCUCCCUCCUUCUCUUCAUGAUAUUUUUUGUAUCUUUUACUCGUGCCUUGUUUGUUCGAUGCAGUCACCUCACUCCAGUGCAGUUUGUCACCUAAUGUACUGUGCUUAUUGUACAGUCAGUUGAUGUACUUAAUCCAAAUGUAGUGGACCGUUGGAUCCUGUCACAUGGUCUCUCAGUCCAUCAAAGACUGCAAAAAGGACACUGACUCUCACCACCCAGGUCCAGUGAUGCCAAUCCGCUCCUCUAUUGCACAUUCAUUCUAACUUCCUGUUGUCACUUGUUGUUGUCACGGUUGGUUGAUGUCGCAGCUCUCAUUGGAGGGAUUUCCACUCCACCUGUAAAUAACAUCAGAUCUGAUUGGUCGGUUUGAGUUCUUGGUUCUGAAAUGAAAGUCUUUAUUGUUUAGAUGUUAUUAAUAACAUGGGUGGGACAGAACCAGAUACUGUAUUUCACAUGUAAUACCCACAGAAUACUUUUCUCUCUGAAUCCAAUUAAUUUUGAUUCUAGCCAAUAAACCAUGUCCAGGUUUUUGAGGGAGGCUGAAACCAAACUGUAAAUGUGGAAGUGAAGAGUAAACUGGGAUCUGCCACCUGCUGUACAAAAUAUUUCUCAUCAGUAGGGUUGCAAAAUCCUGUGGUUUUCCAGAAAUCUUGGUUGGAGGGAGGAGCGUCUGCUAAAUGACUUAAAUGUAAUGUAAUGUAAUGAUUCACGGAAUUCCUGCUUAUUCGCUCGUGUAAUUCUAGGAUUAUUUUAACCAGGAUUUCAGGAAAACCGGGGAAUAUGGGGAAAGUUAUCUGAAUUUUGCAACUCUAGUCAUGAGAAAGGGCUCUUUGAGCCUGGACAGGUAAUUGUUUUCAUCUUUCUCAUCGUGCUUGUGUGUGUGUUGUGAGAGAGGAUGUGUGGAUGAUCAGAGUUUAUGGUUGGGAGUGUAGGGGGUUGUGUAGUUCUUACAUGGUGGCACUUGUGCUCUGUGUGUGAGGUCUUUGCUUCAUUCUGUCACAAACACACAGGAGGGACAGCUGUGUUAGACACAGACUGUUUGUGACUAUAGGUCCUGGAUAGGCAACAAGAAAACAAGUAUACAAGCCCCAAGAUGUGUGUGUAAAAGGAAUCAUCUAUCCUCUACAUAAUUUGUGAAGCAUUCUAGCGUUGUCAUUGUUCAUCACAGUUGCCUUUGUUGCAUGGAAAUCAUUUUUAAAGUUUCUAUAUUGUUGUUUUGAUGUACUUUUUAAUUUGAGUUUUGAAAGCCAAAGGGUUAUUUUCAAUUAGCCUUCACAAAUAUUGAUUUAAUGUUUUACUUUUUACAGUACUGUUGUAAUACUCUUGUUCUUUUGGGGGGGAAAUACAUCUGUUUACACCUGUAUCUGAAAUCACAGAUUGCAUAUAAAUGCAUAUAUCAUGAA